GCCUCACUCAAACCACGGCUUCCUCCUCGCACUCCUCGCUUCAUUCUCUCUCGCUCUCUCGCCCUCUCCUCCACUCGGUCACUCCGCACCAACGACGACGACGACGACGACGACGACGACAGGUCAUCAGCAACCCCUAACACAUCCGCCAAUAUGACGACCAACGUGAGUCACCCCAGCGUGAUUUGGGCACAACGCAAGAACUGCGUGUUUUUGACCAUCUGCCUUGAUGAUUGUUCAAACCCAGAAAUCAAGUAUGAAGGCUCCACCGUCUCCUUCAAAGGAAAGGGUGGUUCGGAGCAGAAGGAAUAUGAAGCAGUGAUCGACCUCUUUGGUAACAUCAACCCCGACUCCUCUGUUCAUCUAAUUAAACCACGAAACAUUGAAAUUUGUCUCAAAAAGGAGGAAGAAAACUUUUGGCCAAGACUCACAAAAUCUCAAGGUAAAAUCCCUUGGAUCAAGAUUGAUUUCAACAAGUGGAAGGAUGAGGAUGACUCUGAAGAUGAAGAGGCAAAAAUGCCAGGCAUGGGUGGAAUGGGCAUGGGUGGUAUGGGAGGAAUGGGUGGAAUGCCCGGCAUGGGUGGUGGAGAUCCUGGAGAUUUCGAAGAGAUGAUGAGACAAAUGGGUGGUUUAGGUGGUGGUAUGCCAGGUGGAGGCAAACCAAGUUUAGACGACCUAGAAAAUCACGAGACUGAUUCGGAUGAUGAAGAAGGUCUCCCAGAUCUGGAGUGAAUAAAACUUAAUAAAAAGAAGAUAUAAACUCCGUUAAUAUUUGAUAAAAGGCGUCAACGUAAAAUUUCCAUUAUAUUUAACUGGUUUAACACGCCAAUUACUGUUAUUAUUAUUCUUUCCAUUUAUACACACCAACAAACAACAGCAUACUAAUAAGUUCUUUUUAAUUCUUUAUUAUCCGGUGAAUCUGGUCCUGCAAACACGUGUGGUAUUGUUGUAAUCGCCCACUUCCUAUUCAAAAUUGUUUCUUCUGAAAGCAACAUAAAUAAAUAUCAUAAGCUUUGUUGUCCAAGUAUCUAGUAAUAAUUAUAUGUAAUGAAUAUAUAUGAGCACAUUAUCUUGCAAGUUUUUCCAAUCAGUUUUGAAACCUUGUAAUUUCCACAUUUUUUAAUAGGCAAAAGGCAGCAACGAUUUUCCUUCGUGUGCACACCUGGCUGUCUACAACUUUUAAAAUUAUCUACGAGUGGCGUAGGAUCGUUUUUUGAUAGUAUUGUGUUUCUGUCUUUCUGUCACUGUUGCAUGUUGUAUUUUUCAGUUGUUCACAUUUGUCCAAUUGAUCGAUCAGCCCACAGCGCCCUUAUAUUCUGUGCUACACUAUUUAUGUUACAAUAUAAUAUUGAAACAAUGAGGAAUGGGUGUGGUGAUGGUGGUGUUGAGCUGAAAAGUUGGCAACAACACAACUUGUACCUUUUAAAAACUAUUGUUCCCACAUUCUGUACGUAUGCAGUUAUAUAUAAUAAUGCAGCACAUAUUCAUACAUUUUUGUAGUUAAGAGGAGGGUGAGAGGACACUGCGGUUGGACGGAUGACAGCUUAUAUAUUAAACUUACAUAAUAAUAAAUACCCAGCUAGAAUUUGUUUGUAAUAAUUUGCACCAAGUCAUGUCUAAUAUUUAGGAAACAUUUUAGAAAACGUGUCCAAAAGUAAUGUUUUCACUGGUUUUCAAUAAAGAUGAAAAUAUUUAAGAAGACAUAA